CCUAGAAGUGUAUGACAUCCUCCAUUGAAUGGCUUCUUGAAGCUAAAUGUUGACGGCUCUUCUAUGGGAAAUCCAGCUAGAGCUAGGGUGGGUGGAGUUUGCAGAGAUUCUUGUGGGAAUAUAACUUCCUGCUCUGCAAUCCCUGCCCCUCUCCCAUUGCUGCCAAUUCCCUCUGCUUCCCAACUCUCAUGGCAGCCCGGAGAAUCCACCAUGUUCCUUCACUUCGGACCCAGCACUUUCACCGAUUCCGAAUGGCGCACCGGCCACUCUGACCCAUCUAUCUUCAACCCUGUUGCCUUGGAUCCGAAGCAAUGGGCUCAAGUGGCUAAGGACGUUGGUUUCUCCAGGCUCAUUAUCACCGCUAAACAUCAUGACGGGUUUGGCCUUUGGCCUUCUUCUCUCACUGAUUAUUGGGUGAGGUCAAGUAAGCGGCGUAAUGGCACCGGGGAUGUAGUUAGUGAGGUCGCAGAGGACUCUAAAGAGAUGGGUCUUUGGCUCGGGCUUUAUCUCUCUCCGUGGGAUCGCCAUGAGUCCAGUUAUGGCCAGACGUUGGAGUAUAAUGAGUUCUUUUUGGGGCAGAUGACUGAGUCGCUUUCUGAUUACGGGGAGAUUAAGGAGGUAUGGUUGGAUGGUGCCAAGGCUGAGGGAGAGAAGGAUAUGGAGUAUAAAUUUGAAGAAUGGAUUCAUGUGAUUCACCAGCUUCAGCUUGGGGCUGUCAUCUUCUCUGAUGCUGGUCCAGAUUGCAGGUGGGUUGGUGAUGAGGGUGGAGUUGCAGGUUCUACCUGUUGGUCCCUGUUCAAUGCCUCCUCUGGCACUACUGGUCAUACAGAUUACCACUUCUUUUGAUCUGUCAAUUGGUGUAGAAAGAAAUGAAAUGGCUAUUUAGACUUCUCAGGGAGCAAGUUUUCCUUUCGG